UUCACACCCUUCUCCCAUCUUCGUAUAAAACCUCACUCUUCACACUCGCUUCUACAAACCCAUUAACCAAAACAAAAUUCAAAACCCACUUCCAAAGCUAGUGAUUCUCAAAGCUCAAAUCUUGAAUUAUGGGUGUGUUCAGUGAAGACCCCAAUCCAAUUGUGAUCCGUGAAGUAUGGGCAUCGAAUAUAGAAUCUGAAUUCGAACUCAUCCGGGAGCUGAUCGAUCGCUACCCUUUCAUCUCCAUGGAUACUGAGUUUCCUGGAGUGAUUUUCCGGCCGCAUGUGGACCCUACCAAACCCUACAACCACCGCACGCGCCGCCCUGCUGACCACUACCGCCUCCUCAAGUCCAACGUUGAUUCGCUCAACCUGAUCCAGGUCGGUCUCACGCUCUCUGACUCUGCUGGAAACCUUCCCGGCGACGACAGGAAUCGCUUCAUCUGGGAGUUUAACUUCUGUGACUUUGAUGUGGCGCGUGAUGCCUACGCGCCGGACUCUAUCGCGCUCCUCCGCCGCCAGGGGAUUGACUUCGAGCGCAACGCCACCAACGGUGUAGACUCCACGCGCUUUGCAGAGCUGAUGAUGUCUUCAGGACUCGUGUGCAACGACGCGGUGAGCUGGGUCACCUUUCACAGUGCUUACGAUUUCGGGUAUUUGGUUAAGAUCCUUACCCGACAGGAUUUACCGACCCGGUUGGAGGAAUUUUUAAAUGUUGUGAAAGUGUUCUUUGGAGAUAAUGUUUAUGAUGUGAAGCACAUGAUGAGGUUCUGUGAUACACUCUACGGUGGUUUGGAUCGGGUUGCACGGACGCUUAACGUGGACCGCGCCGUAGGGAAGUGCCACCAGGCUGGGUCAGACAGCUUACUGACCUGGCACGCGUUCCAGAAGAUUGUGGAUCUUUAUUUUGUCAAGGAUGAACACCAAAAACAUGCUGGAACAGAAGCCUUGUGAUUGAAAGUGAGUUUAUGUUCAACUAUUUAGGAUGUUUCAGAACAUAAACUGAAGAAAACUCUGCUGCUGAUGGAAAUUGUUUUUACUUGUUUCAUUGGUUUCAGCCUACUGUUGGCUAUUGCCAGAGAUAUAAUUGUGAGUUGGUGUUGCUUAGUAGAUUUCGCAGAAUCCAAGGGUGCCUGUGGCUGUAAGUAGCUGUGUUUUUUGUUUAUAAGUCCUUACAUUUUUAAUGCAAUUCUUCUCAUUACUUUGAUAAAUUGUAAACAGUUAAAUAUUCUCAAUGUAGAAUGAUAGUGGUAAACUCCAUUCACUUUGCAGAUACCCAUUUGAUUAUUUUGGAUUUAAUUCUGGAUACAGUUCUUACAAACAAACAAUUCUACCGACAUGCCAUUUCUCAGACUCAUAAUUUGUUUUUAAAGUUGUAUGUCGAUUUUUCAAACUGGUAUGAUAUUUAGCUUUUGGUUAAGUUAAAUUAGAUUAAAAAAGUUUAUUAUUUUCAAGAUAUAUUCUGUGUAUAGGAUUAUCCCCUCAUUUCAAAUGGUUGUGGCACUGAGCAAAUAUGCUUGUGAUUGUUCUAUGAUCUUAAGGAAAAUUAUGUUUAUGAGUCAAAGAAUCUGCUGAUUGUAAGAGCGGGCUCUGAAGUUACUUUUAAGGUUUCUUUAAAGAAUUCCUAGUUUCAUGGACUCAGAUACGAGACAAGUUGCCAUAAUAUGUAUGUUUUUGUUUAAUGCUUGUGUUGUUUGACCACUUACUUCCUUGAAUUUUGCAACUUGUAACUUUGGUUUAUUUUUAACUGGAUUUUAUUUUCUAAAUUUAGUACUAUCAGUUUUGCUUCCUUUUCUGAUAUCCACAUAAUGGUUUCUUGGAUCUUCUAUCCGAUUUUGCUGCAGAUAUUUGUUGCAGAUGUUCGAAAAAUUAGUCGCUGAUUAGUCUGGUUUUCAGUGUCAUUCUGAAGACAUUUUCUCUUUACUUGCGUAAUUGGAUUAAAGGAGUAAAAGAUAUGCUUAAGGAAUGGUGCGAAGAGGUAUUGUUCUUCCAUUUGUUAUUCGCUUUUGAUGCUUAUACUUGAUGUUCAUGACAGGGGAAAUGAAUCAUAGUUUCUAUUCAGAUCAUCACGAGUUUGUGGUCAAAUUGGUUAGGUGUCUGUAAAUAUGUUUUGCCCUGUUUCACACCUAUACACUGCAACUUCGCGUCGUCUCUUGUUCUCGUGUACUUUCACAUACAAAGUUUGACAAUUUGGCUACAAGGUUCAA